UACGAGGCCGUUUCCUACGCAUGGGAAACCCAGAAGCGCGACAGGAUCCUAAUCUGCAAGGGUUCCGCCCUGCGCAUCACGCCCAACUGCGAGGAUGCCCUGCGCCGCCUCAGGAAACCCUUCACCCCGCGCAUGCUCUGGAUCGAUGCCCUGUGCAUCAACCAGGACGAUGAUGCAGAACGCGCCCAGCAAGUCGCCAUCAUGGGCUCCAUCUACCUUGAUGCCACCCAGGUCGUGGUUUGGCUAGGUAAGGGUGACGUCCACAGCAAGACUUGCUUCCGCUUCUUCCGCCUCGCCAAGGGCUUCGUCGAAACGGGAAAUUCGAGACACAAAAGCCUGCAAGAAAUCUCGCAACGAGGCGGCCUCCCUGUCGCCGGUUCCCUGAGGGCCCUCCUCCAACGCUCGUGGUUCAACCGGACAUGGGUCAUUCAAGAAGUCAUAUUAAACCACAAUGUCGUCGUACUAUGCGGC